AUGCGCAACAAAUAUCCAUCUACAUACAAAGCAAAACAUGUUGUACAAACUGGAGAGGCCCAAGAAGGGAGAGCAGGAGUUCCCAGUGAUCCAGUGACUAUCACCAUUACUGCAAUUUAUUACAAGUUCAAGGUUGCCCUACCAGCUGUUGCGAGAAGCCUGGAUGAUUUGUCAGUUGAUGUUCUUCCUAAUGGCGAUGUCAAGGUGGAAGGGAUAGUAAGAGCUGCUGAAAUGACAAGCAGUGUGGGGCCAACUGUAUGCAACAAAGGAACUCGACGGAUAUUUCCUCAAGGUCACUUCACCAUCAGGUCCACUUUGUUAGGACCUGCUGAACCCAUGUUUGUAAGGACCAAGUUAAACUCCAAUGGUGUUUUGGAAGGAGCUAUAUUUAAACAUAGGAUUUCUAGGUCUCAUUAUACUAAUUAG